GUCCUGCAAUAACGCGCUUUAAACCGCUCCUCCAGCAAAUUAAGCCCCGCUGUCUGAGAUUGGGAGCCAGUAGAUGCUGCAUGUGGCCUCUGAACCCAUUGUUGUGUCGCGGCUGACGUCAGUGCCGUGUGUGCGGCAGACGGAGCGGCGUGCGCCUGGCGAGACAAAGGCGGUGGAGCGAGUGGGGUCAGGCGGCAGCAGCGAGAGGAGCAGAGAAUCACUGGUUUCUAACUCAAAGGGAACUCCCAGCUUCGGCUUUCAGCCACGCUUCUAACGAGACUGAGAAUGAAGACUGAGCGCCGCUGUUAGGACUGUGCUUUGGCUUUCCAGGAAGAAAGAAAAACACCACUGACCCCCUUUUCGCUUUUUAAUGUUUUUUUCCUCUUCUCCAACGCCCCCCGUUUAGCUUUGCUAGCUAGCUGUCGCGCUAAGCUCACUGCGCCGCACUCAUCUCCUCCUCCUUUCUUGCUGCUUUUCGUCUUUCCCUCGAGGCAGAAACACCAAGCGAAGAAAGGAUACCAGCAGUCAGAUAAACUGAGGGUGAGAUCACUCCUUACAAACGGGCAUCCGUGAUCUGAUGUGAGAUCCACGGAAAGACUAUGCCUAGCCCUUUAUUCCACCCCGAGAUAAUGGACCACGACGUGGUGAUCAGCAGCCAGCACAGUGGCGUGGCUCUGCCCCGGGAGACGGACCAGGAGUCCCGGGAUGAGGACCACCAGGAGGUUCUACGCUUCGCGCUGGACCAGCUGUCACUCAUGGGCCUGGAUAAAGUGGAUUGUGGGGGUGGUGGAGGUAACGGGCUGGUGGACACUCUGGACGGGACCCAGGGUCCGAGCUCGGAUGGGUGCAAUGGUGUAGGUGGAGGGGGCUACGUGGAUCUGCAGAUGAUGGAGCAUCCCAACGGGUCCAGGGACUCGCCCUCGUCCUGCUCUCCUUCCCCAGAGUAUUAUGGUUCGGGCGGCUACCACAUGGCCGGGUCCCACUCCAUGCUCCACGGGGAACAAAGCUCCGUCCUCUGCAACAGGAAAAGAAGCGUAAACAUGACCGAAUGUGUGCCUGUCCCGAGCUCCGAGCAUGUGGCUGAAAUAGUGGGGAGACAAGGCUGUAAGAUCAAGGCCCUGCGUGCCAAAACAAACACCUACAUAAAGACUCCAGUCAGAGGGGAGGAUCCGGUGUUCAUCGUGACAGGGCGCCGGGAGGAUGUGGAAAUGGCCAAGCGUGAAAUUGUAUCUGCAGCCGAGCAUUUCUCUAUGAUCCGGGCAUCUCGCUGCAAAGCCGGAGGGCCAGGAGGAGGUGGCUCUCUGCCCGGCCCACCCCACCUGCCGGGACAGACCACCAUACAGGUGAGGGUUCCUUACAGAGUGGUAGGGUUAGUCGUGGGGCCAAAAGGAGCAACCAUCAAGCGCAUCCAGCAGCAGACUCACACCUACAUCGUUACCCCUAGCCGAGAGAAAGACCCCGUCUUUGAGGUGACGGGAAUGCCGGAAAACGUAGACCGAGCGAGGGAGGAAAUCGAGACCCACAUCACCCUCCGAACUGGAACCUUUGUAGACCUACAGGGAGACAACGACUUCCACACCAACGGCACCGACGUCAGCUUAGAAGGCCUGGGCUCCCUGAGCGGAGGACUGGGAGCGUCUCUGUGGUCCAGGGCUACAGGCCACCACUCUGGCCCUCCUCCUCCUGCUCCCUCCCCUCCACCAUCUCUUCCCAUGUCCAUACACCACUCCUCGAGCAGGAAGAUGUCCUCCUCGGUUGCCUAUCACACGCACAAUGGCGGGAUGAGCUCAGAGAGCUUCAGCUCCAACAGGAAGCCUAACGAGGGGGGCAGCCCCACCAGUCCUUUCAGCACAGGUUCCAGCAGCGCUGGAGGUGGUUUCACCUUUGGAGGGGACUCGACCCCUGGACUGACUUCCUCCGAUGAAUUGGGCUUUGAGUUCAGUGCUUCCAACAUCUGGGCGCCUUUCGUCAACGGCGGAGCAGGGAAUAAGACCUCCGCUUCUUCUCAACAGCAACCUCUACGCCGAAACAGCAGCGGCCUCAGCGGCGGUGCCAUCACUCCGCGACUGUCUCCGACUCUGCCUCAGGAUACGAGUGUUGGCCCCCUGGAUCACCCACUGGCUCGUCGCGCGCAGAGUGACCCCCUCAGCACUCUCUCCUGGCUGCAGUCUGGCAGCACGGGAGGCGGCUCCUUCUCAGGCGCCUCCAGCUCCAGCUCUGGCGGCUCAUCGACUGGCUACUCCUCCUGCUCGGCAUCAUCCCUGCCCGGCGGUUCGCCCACUGACUCCGAGGGCGGCGGCAGCGGCGUCGGGAUCACCUCCGGGAUGCUGAGCCGGCUCAAAGGUGGCUCUGGGGUCUCGGCACUGGUCGCCGUCGGCCCGGGGGUCAACAGGGACUGCUUUGUGUGUUUCGAGAGCGAGGUGACAGCGGCCCUCGUGCCUUGUGGCCACAACCUGUUCUGCAUGGAAUGCGCCGGGCAAAUCUGCCAGUCUGCCGAACCCGAAUGCCCCGUCUGCCACACUCCGACCACACAGUGCAUCCGCAUCUUCUCCUAAUGCCAUGAGCGGGGUCAGAUAUUUAGGGAAGGUGUGAGAGGCAGCCAGGUACCAGCUGUAGUGGAGGAAAUGGAAGGAAUCACACUAAUAACCUUCACACAGAUGAUGGACCAUAUUAAAUGCAUUAAUAAAGAUGAUGAUACUUUAAUGGAUGUUGAUAUAUUGCUGAUAACUGUCAAGAUGAAUAAUAUCAAUAAUAAUAAUAAUAAUGACUUAUUUUCCAAGGGAAGUGGAUUGAAACGUGUCUGCAGACAGUUGGGGCUCAGGCAGUCUCUCAGCAGUGAACUUAUGGAAGGAAACUAGUGUCUUAUAUCUCUUCAGGCCUUCAUUUUGACGUGGAGCGCCCCCCCUCCCUCCCCCUCCCACUGCGGGCGGCCCGCCCGCCAGCCCGUCCGUCUCCACGCGUCUUCAUUCUGGCUUCUUGAGAUCUGCCUGCUUCUCUCUCUCUCACAGCCUUUUUUCCUUUUGACACUUUUGUACUUAACAGAUAUUUUUCGAUAAAACUGUCAAUGAGGCCCGCACUUUUCUACUCCUCAUUUUAACGCCCCCGAAUACCCCAAAUUCUCCUCUGUGCUAUUUCGCUCCUUCAUGCCAAUUUUUAUUUUUUAUUCCCUUUUGUGACACAAAGACGAAAAGGUUCUUGGAACAUUAUUCUAUUUUUUUAGGUUUCUUUUGGUCGGCAUGUCUGUCAGGCACCUAUUGGGAAAACACUACAUUUUAGCAGGAACCUUUUCAGGGUGAAUUCUCAUUGUCGCACGAAAUUUAGCCAUCCGAUAACCAAGCCAAAUGAUUAUUGAGACCUACUCCUUGAUUCCGUUUGGUAAACACGUUGGGUAAAACUUGGAUGAGUCUUUGCCGCAUUAUUAGUGUGGCUGUUUGAUGAUUCUGUAAUAAGUGAAGGCGUACCAGUUUUAGCGAUGCUGAUGGCCUGUGACUGUGGUCAGUUUGUAUGUUUGGACUGCCUGACAAUCCCUUCACUCCUCUCUCUCUUGCGCGCUUGUGUUGGAGUGAUGCCCAGUCGUACCGAUGUGUCGUCACCUCGACAGGGCACCAUUACCUUCAUCCGAUCAUCUCGUCUGUUACACUUAGAUCUGUGCAUUUUAUUUUUUUGUGGGUUCUUUCUCUAGUUUGUUAUUGUCUGUGUAGUGAGUGUGUGUGGUUAAGACUUAUGAUCUUUAGGAUGAGACAGGGCUUUGAUGUCACAUGAGAAUGUUUUCUCCAAUACGGUUUAGGACAGAAGACUGACAAGGGGGUUGAUUUUUUUAGUUUUCACGCACUGAAACCCCUUUCUUAAAAAAAAAAGAAAACUGAAACGGCUGUUGCUGUUUUUUUAUUUCAGUCUUCCACCUCUCUCACAGCAAAGCUGUACGGCACUCAGAUGACACUGUUGUACCUAUAGAUGGAUUCAGUCUCCCCCUCUCUAAUGGCUGCUCCCCCAUUUAUUUGGGGCAGAAAGGAAAUGAGUAAUUUUGAGUGGGAGUAAAUGGAUCUUCCAGGGAGCUGGGUGUGAUAAAAGCAGAAAUGGGCAUGGCCUGCUCGCAUUGGGUAUUACAUGAAGGAAGUUAUUGAUUGGUUGGAAAACCUGGUCAUGUUCUCAUGCUACAUGCAAACCCUGCAAAUGUAGUUAGUAUGCAGGCUUAUUUAAUGUUCGUUGGCUGUGUACAAGUGGAUUAUUUGUGCUUCUGUAUGUUAAGCAUCUCAUUAACAGUGACUUCAAUGGAUAUUUAAAGGUAUAGUGGAGAAUUUUGUGAAUUUUUGAAAUGUUCCGUCCUCUACAAUUUAAACAAAAUGCAAAUGCACAACCCUGUACCUGCUCCCGAGAGGAAACGAUGAUUGACAAUUAGGAGGACCACUUAUUUUGAUGAUCCACCCAGAUAAAUGAUAUCCUCCACUAUACCUUUAAGUCUUAUGUAUGCUAGAAUAUAGAAACCUGCUGGUUCACCAUUAUUGCAGAUCAUUCGAUGCACCUAAAGCUGCAGUUUAUGCUUGUUUUCUGCUUUUAUUUCACUCAACACCCCUAGAAGAGAUGCCCCCUUUAAGGGUUGAGUGCCCAGGUGUGUUAAAUCUAUCUAUACAGCGCUGUACUCUGCAAAAUGUAGUGCACUAUUUAGUUAGUAGUUAGAUUCGUCCUGUGUUUCAUAGCAUUACUUCAAUAAGGCAGGAACGUCCUGUUUUGUGUUUGUGUUUUGUUCUUUUUUUCCCUUUGGGGG